UAACAUUUAUUUCAACAGUAGUUAGACUCAGCUCACCUUAAAAAUGCAAUCCAAUCCCUUUACUUUAAGUGCUAUAGUUGCCUUUGGCUAUUACUAAAAAGCUCCUCUAAGAGUUAGUCAGACAUUGGAGAAAGCAGAAUGUAAGAUUUUAAUUUGUAACUUCACAUGCGUGCUAAUCUAGAAGUACCAAAAAUCUCCAUCAAAGUUUAAUGAAAGAAACAGAGUGCUCUACUUCUAAACAAACUAAUGAGGUCACCGCUAACUUUUCUUUUAAAAAUUGUUAAACACAACUAUCAUUAAAUCAAUGUUGUGUUGAACAAACAAAACUCUUCCAACCAAUACUGCCAUGAACAAAUACUUACAUCUAAAAAUACAAAGUCUUUACAUUACCUCUCUCUCAUAUGCACUUUUAAAAACAUACUUCAGGAGGUCCCACCAGUCAGCAAGCCAGAGCAUGGCGGCCAUCCCCUCCAGCGGCUCGCUCCUGGCCACCUACGACUACUACCGGCGCCGCCUGGAUUCCACUUCCAGCAACAGCUCCUGCGGCAGUACCGAGUGCCCUGGGGAAGCCGUUCCCCACCCCCCAGCUUGUUUUUCGGGAAGUCCACCUUCCCGUUCAUGGCCACGGUGUUGGAGUCUGCCGAGCACCCGGAACCCCCCCCCACCCAGGCCUCCAGCAGCAUGA